GUGUGUGUGUGCGUGAGAGAGAGAGAGAGAGAGAGAGAGAGUGGGAGAGAGAUGGCAAGUUGGUGCGUCAUGUUGAUACUUGCUUUGGCAGUGGUGCAUGCAACUGCUCGUAAGGUACCAAACGACCAAGCAGUGUUGGAUGCUCAUGUACCAAAGGUUGGCACACCCAAAGGGGCUGCCGUUGGAGACAAAAAGAAUUUUAUCACGUACGGUGGGGUUGGCGGCUUUGCUGGUGUCGGUGGCUAUGCUGGAGUCGCCGGGGUGCUACCGGUCGGUGGCGUGGGAGGAGUUGGUGGACUUGGUGGUGCUGGUGGUGCAGGAGGCCUUGGUGGGCUAGGAGGAGUGGGUGGGUUGGGCGGUGCUGGUGGGGUCGGUGGGUUGGGCGGUGCUGGUGGCGUAGGCGGGUUGGGCGGUGCUGGUGGCUUAGGUGGUUUGGGCGGUGCCGGUGGCUUAGGUGGUUUGGGCGGUGCAGGUGGCUUAGGUGGUGGUGCUGGUGCUGGUGCCGGUGGCGGAGUUGGUGGUGUUGGGGGCGUUGGUGGGGCCGCUGGUGGCGGAGUGGGUGGUGGAGCUGGCGGUGGCAUCCUACCAUGCCCUUGAAUUGGUGCAAUGCAAGAUGUUUAGGUGUUUGUUGUUGUGUUUAAGGUUAGUCACUAAUUAAUUAGUGGUAUGUUUUUCCCUUGUUUUUUUGGUUCAGUCAAAGCCUCAAAGGUGGUUGUAGCUCUCUAUGAAAACUUGCUCCUAAGCUGUUUUCUUUCUGUUCUAUCUGGUCAAGUUUUCUCUUUUCGUUGCUAAAAAUAUUUGUGCUCAA